AAGAAUCAAGAGGUAGAUAUAGAAGUGCUUCAAGUCUAGGUAGAAAACAAUGCCUAAUUUAUCGUUUCUAACAAUCGUCAAAGUUGUUAUUCACAGCUUUUGGUUAAGUGGUAUUCCGAACUCUUUUCGAUAGAAAAUUUGUCAUGAAUAUUUUGUUUAUGUGUGACUGCAAACGAUUUUAAAUUUUUCAUUUGGAACGAUUCUGUGUUUUGAAGGUGUGGAACAAUGACUAGUAAAUAACAAUUUUUUUCGCCAAUAUCAUUACCGCCAACCUGUUAUUUUCUUGGAUAAUUCUCACGUGAUUGCUACUCCAUGUGUCCAAAAAGGUCAGCAUGCAACGGAGGAAGGACAGAGGGCAAGAAGAAAAUUCUUUUUUUAGCUCUUCCUUUAAUAGUUUUAUGUAUAGGAUUGUAUAAAAUGAAAAAGGAAGAAACUGGUAAAAUUGAAAAUGACGGGAGUAUUUUACCAACAAUAGCUCCCAAACUGAGCGGCAUACCAGAAUGUGUUCCUCCAGCAAUCAAUGAAUUUCCAGGAGACUUAUUCACCCAAGAACAGCGCCAAAGUGGUUUCGUCAUCUUUCAUUUCAUCGCCACCGCCUACCUGUGCCUUGUCUUAGCCAUAGUCUGUGAUCAGUUUUUCGUGCCCACCUUAGAAAUUAUUGCAGAAUCUUUAAACGUGCCAGUAGAUGUCGCUGGAGCAACAUUUAUGGCAAUUGGUACGUCAUCACCAGAAUUAUAUUCAGCAGUCAUCGGUUCCUUUGUAACGAAAGGAGACAUUGGGAUAGGGACAAUUGUGGGAUCCGCUGUAUUUAACAUUUUGGGAGUAACAAGUGUUACUGGCAUCCUUUUAUGGAACACGGAGUCUGCAGUGGAUUGGUAUCCCAUAUCCAGAGACUCUCUAGUCUAUAUCUUUUCUGUAACGACACUCAUCUGUGUGAUUCAAGACAAUGUUGUCACAAGCGUUGAAUCUAUUUUGUUGAUUAUGAUGUUCGGCGUCUAUAUAACUGUCAUGUAUUUCAAUUCUUCAAUUAAAGAAUGGGGAGAAGGAACGAUGGAAGACUUGCACCGUUGGUGGAAAAAGAGUCGCCGAGCCAGAGCCUCAUCGUUCGGAAAAAGGAAAUCAUUAUCGCUGAAAGCAACCAGAAUAGGUGAUCCUCGGCUCUUGUUGACAGCAUCUGUCACCCAUGACAGUGCAAAGUCAACAGAAAAUGACGUGCCCGACGACAAAAGUGACACAUCGUCUGAAGAAUCAGAUGUUGAUGACGAUUUUUCUCCGUGGGUGAUACCCCAGGAAGGAAAGUUUGUGUUCUUGCAGUGGCUCAUCACGUGGCCGGCAGUAUUCAUCCUGACCUACACGAUUCCGUCCUGCAGGAAACCGAAUCAAGGCAACUACAUCCUCACCUUCAUAUCUUCAGUUGUAUGGAUAGGAAUCAUCUCCUAUUUGUGCUCAUGGAUGGUCACUAUAAUCAGUCAUACAUUUGGACUUCCCGAUUCUGUCGCCGGUUUAACAAUUCUUGCGGCUGGAAUCAGCGUACCUGAAAUUAUUGCCAGUGUGAUUGUUGUCAAAAGCGGUUUAGCUAACAUGGCAAUAUGCAAUCUAAUCGGGAGUAACAUCUUCGACAUCCUGUUCUGCCUCGGAGUGCCAUGGUUCAUCAAAACCUUCUUCUUUUCGAAAACUUCCAGCCUCAUCAUUAACAGUUCUGCUCUGACGUACACAACUCUGACCCUGCUUUCAACAGUUGUGCUACUUUUUGUCACCUUCAGUUUAUCAGGGUGGAAACUCAACAGGAAAGUGGGCCUCAUGUGCCUUGUCCUCUACGUCGCAUUCUUGGUCAUUGCGUGCAUGUGCGAACUGAACGUUUUCGGAGACAUGAAUCCUCCAACGUGUGCAUCAUGAGUUAAAUAGGUGCAUUUUAGUUCACGAUAAGUGCAGUUUGAUCCUUGAUACUUAACAGAAGUAUCUUGUAAAUAAAGGAAGAACUUAUGAGAUCUAACGUCUAACUCUAAUGUUCAUUGUUUAAUGGACAGUUGAAUGUUAACUUUAUUGGAGAGACUUCUGCCGAUGGACAUCCUGCGCAAUGUGCCUGAUUUAGUACUGUAAAUUUUUAAUCUUAUUUUCAAAUAAAGAAAUGUAUGAAUAGCA